AGUUGAGUGGAGGAAGGCGUGGACCCGUGGAUGCUUGAAAUAUUGCAUUGCUUGCCUGCGUGGAUUCUGAAUUCUGAAUUGGGAAGUGGGAAGAGACCCUCGACUCGUGCGUGCGUGGCGUGCCAGUGCGUGCAUAAAAUUUUUUGUCCAGAUCAAAAUCUCUUGUUCGCUAUGUCAAAAUUGCUAGUGAAGUGGGCCAAUUUUGGUUUUCAGAUGAGUGAAAUUCGAACUGCAAUCGUUUUUGGCAAAAACGGAGGAAAUGUAAUUAUUGUCCUCGAAAACGAUGAGGUGCUUGCCUUUGGAGAAAAUCAAGAUGGAUGUCUUGGAACUGGCGUCGAAUUUAAAGUGAAUGAGCUCAAGCGCAUUGAAAAUUUGUGUGGGCAAAGAAUCGAAGGGUUUGAAUAUGGUGUCAUCCUUGAUGACGAUAGCAGCGAAUUCAGCGAAUUGCGAAUUUUUAUUUUCGCCAUUUCUGGAUCUGGUUCCGCAUUCUCUUGGGGAGAAAAUGAUUUUGGACAGCUUGGAUUAGGAAUCAAACAAUACACCAAAGUGCCCACCAAAAUUUCAGGAUUGCUUGAGCACAAAAAGGUUGUCCAAGUGGCUUGUGGCAGUGAUCAUACACUAGCUUUGACUUCAGAGGGAGAGGUAUAUGCUUUCGGUCGAAACAAUUAUGGCCAAUUAGGUUUGGGAACCACAAACGACCACUGGCUUCCACAGAGGGUUGGCGGACUGCUGGAUGGGAAAAUUGUAACCUCAGUUGCAUGCCAAGCCUUCUCUUCUAUUGCACUCCUACAUUCAGGAAAGAUUUGUGCUUGGGGUUUCAACCGGGGUGACAUGUUGAGCUUGUCUUCAACUUCAGAACAUGAAUGCAGUCCCUGCAAGGUGAUCGGCUUGAAAGGAAUAGUGAUUUCCAAAAUCGCAUGUGGACUCUGUUUCACUCUUGCUUUAUCUAACGUUGGAGAAACUUACUCAUGGGGUGUAUUCAGCAUCAGCGAGUCUGGACAGAAUGGGCUCGAAAGACCAUUCAUUAUUUCAAAAAUGAUGGGAAGGGUUAAAGAUAUUGCUGCCACUCAUUACGAGAGCCACCCAUGCGCUGCAAUCAAUGAAAAGAACCAAGUUUACAUUUGGGGCAGUUGCAAUGGUUCAUUUGAUUUGAAUCCAAUGCUCACUUCACUCUCGUCAUUUGACGACGUUUACGCUGUUUCCUCUCCUCCUGUGAUCUACAAGCGAUUUCCAUGUAAUAUUGCGAAGGAUGAGAUUAAGAGGAAAGACCCGGUAAUCAAGCGUUUUCCAGAAGUGUUGAUUUUUGAAACAGCUGACAUUACAUUCAUUGUCGAAGGGAAGAAAAUCCACGUGCACAAGAUUAUCUUAAUCUUGGGAAGCGACGUGUUCAAGAAUUUGUUCCUUGGUGAUUGGGAGGACAGUUCCAAAAAGGAGCAGAUCGUUGAGAAGUACAGCUACAACGCCUUCUACGCGUUCCUCAAGUACUUCUACACGGAUGAUGUUGAUUUCACGCCUGAACUUGCCCUUGAAAUUUACGCCAUAGCCCACUUCUAUCUGGUGACUGGUCUGAUGGAGGAGUGUGAAACGAUUCUCAAAUCUGGUCUGACAGAGGAAAACGCUGCUGCUAUUUACGAGAAGGCAAUUCUCUUCGGAGCUAAGGGCUUGUGCGAUUUCUGCUUUAAAUAUUGCAGGGAGAAUUUGCUUCGUGUCGUGGACAAUUUGGAGUCUGAUGAGAGCAAGAGUCAAGUCUUGUUGGACGUGUUCCGUCGGGCGGCUAAUCAAAAGAAAAACUGAUUGAAUAGUUUUGGCCUUGAUCAAUAUAUUGCACUCGUGCCGUUUGUCUUUGCUAAUUAAAAUUAUUUAACAAAGUUAGUUUCUAAUGUGAAAUCUUAAAGAUGUUUCUAGUAUAUCCUACUGGUAAUUGUGCUACUCAUCUAUUAUCCGUUAAAUUAAAUUAACUGAAUCCAAGUCACAGUUAAAUUUAGAUUAUUGUGGAUUAUUUUGUAC